ACCCUAGCAUUCAUAAAUCUAAAAGAAAAUUUAUUUUUUACUUCUAACUUAAUAUCAGUUUUAUUUUUCUUUUUUAGAAAACAAAAUCACGGCAUCCACCAUUGUUCGAAAUGGCUACGCUUCACCACCAUCGGCCCAUUUCACUGUCCGUUCUCCCUCCUCUCUCCCGGCUGAGACCUUCUUCGGCUAUCCCCGCAACGCUGUUCUCGCGCCCACCGCUCUCCGGACUGCCGUGCGCUCCGAUAUCUGCUCGGGCCAUCCGCGAUAAGCGCGUCCUUGGACCCGUCCGUGGAUGCGCGACCUCAGAUUCCGCGAUUUUCCCCGGACCUCCACCCUCGUCGAGGAUCUUUAUGAAAGGAUUAUCUCGUUCAACAUCUGAGGGAUUCUUGGCAAAGACCUUUUCAUCCUUUGGAGAAGGCAAGAAAAUAAAGGUAAUUACAAGCAAAAGUUCGAAACAGUCUCUGGGACUUGCAUUUAUAUGGUUUGCCCGUGAACAAGAUGCACUAAUGGCAGUAAAGGAGAUGAAUGGAAAGUUUCUUGAUGGCAGGUUUGUUGCUGUCACAAUUGCAGAAGCUGAAUCUCCUUCUAAACAGAGAAAGGUGGACAAGGAUACAACAUCAAUGGUGGCAUAGCAUCACUAAUCAGUUUCACCUUGUGUCCCACAAUCUUAUCCUGGUCACAUCAGAAAAAUUGCGGAAUACUGGACCACUAGAUGAAACAGGGAUGCUGAUGCAGCUGAUUGGCCUCUUAUCUGGGGUGAUUUCUUCUCGUGCAAAUCUAAGGUGAAGUCUGUGUUGUUAAUUGCACACAUAUAAAUGCAUACAGGAUCAAACUUCUUGAUUUUUGGCUGUGGGUUUUCAUUUCAGAUGUAGUGUUUAUGGAUUUAAACUUCUUGAUUUUUAGUUUACUGAUGCUCAAACUUUGGAUAAGACCUUAUCAGAGAAUUUAGUAU